GAUUCAAUUGCUAUGAUUCAUUUCGAGCGAGCGCGAUGUUUUUGCACCGUUGUUAAGCAGUCUGCUGCCACCUACUGAUCACACUGCGUGCACUAAGUGAGGUUCGAGUGCUGAAAUUGAAGGACAAAAAGAAAUAAAUGCCAUCUGAGAAUCGAGUUGAUAAUGGGGAGAGGGGCGCUUUGAAGCUAUCAACCUACCAAAUCUUUGGGCUAUAUGACGAAUCCACCCCUUAGUUCAUCGCGCAUACUUGCCAACUAUGAGCCAAAUAUUUCGACCAACGCCUUGGCCAGUUAUGUUAAACAGAUACGAAUUGUUGUGUUUAGGUUAGGGGGAAGUGCACGUUGAGUGUAAACAGAAGAUAAGGAGGGACGCGAGGGUGUUUUACUUACAACUUCUUUCAAGCUUUAUUAUUUUUUUAGACAGACUCGAUAGGAAUAGUAUUAUUGUGUUUACAAGUAGUCCGUUGAUUUUAUUUUGUGCUAAAUUGUCGAAUGAGUUAAAUUAUUGUACAGAAACGAAGCCGGUGAGCUAAACGUUUUAAGUGUACCACUCGAGUUUCUAAGGGGAGCCUGAAGGCACCACGUUACGUCAUUUACGUUGGACUGUACGUCAGGCGAGCGUCGUCGCCGUCUGCGUCGGCCCCUCCCACUACGUGAGGCGCGGAGGCUCUCUCGGAGCUCGGAGUCGGAGCUCGGUCCAUCUGUGCCCGCCGCUUGCUGCCUGGCUAGCGAGGCUACUGCGGGAAGAAGAUGGCGACGGACAAGACGAAACAUGAGGGCAGAGUCAAAAUUGGACACUACAUUCUCGGCGACACGCUCGGAGUAGGCACGUUUGGGAAGGUUAAAGUGGGCCAACACGAGCUGACCAAGCACCAAGUGGCCGUGAAGAUCCUGAACCGGCAGAAGAUCCGCAGUUUGGACGUGGUGGGCAAGAUCCGCCGGGAGAUCCAGAACCUCAAGCUUUUCAGGCAUCCCCACAUAAUUAAACUGUAUCAGGUUAUCAGCACCCCGACGGAUAUCUUCAUGGUGAUGGAGUACGUCUCGGGAGGAGAGCUCUUUGACUACAUCUGCAAGAAUGGAAAGUUGGACGAGAAGGAGAGCCGUCGACUGUUCCAGCAGAUCAUCUCGGCGGUGGAUUACUGCCACCGGCACAUGGUGGUGCACCGGGACCUCAAGCCGGAAAAUGUCCUGCUCGACGCGCACAUGAAUGCCAAGAUAGCCGACUUUGGUUUAUCGAACAUGAUGUCCGAUGGAGAAUUCCUUCGGACGAGUUGUGGUUCUCCCAACUACGCUGCUCCUGAAGUGAUCUCUGGAAGAUUAUACGCCGGUCCAGAGGUGGACAUCUGGAGCAGCGGGGUGAUCCUGUACGCCCUGCUGUGCGGCACGCUGCCGUUCGACGACGACCACGUGCCGACGCUCUUCAAGAAGAUCUGCGACGGCAUCUUCUUCACGCCGCCGUACCUGAACCCCGCCGUCACCAGCCUCCUGAAGCACAUGCUGCAAGUGGACCCCAUGAAGAGGGCCACCAUCAAAGAGAUUAGAGAGGAUGACUGGUUCAAGCAGGACCUUCCCAAGUACUUGUUCCCCGAGGACCCGUCUUACAGCAACAACAUGAUCGACGACGAGGCCCUGAAGGAGGUGUGCGACAAGUUUGAGUGCACCGAGGAGGAGGUGCUGGCCUGCAUCUACAGCCGCAACCACCAGGACCCGCUGGCCGUGGCCUACCACCUCAUCAUCGACAACCGCCGCAUCAUGAACGAGGCCAAGGACUUCUACCUGGCGUCCAGCCCGCCCGACUCCUUCCUGGACGACCAACACCUCACCUCGUCCGGCGCCUCGGUGGCCGCCGUGGUCAAGCCCCACCCCGAACGCGUGCCCUUCCUGGUGGCGGAGACGCGGCCGCGCCACACGCUGGACGAGUUGAAUCCGCAGAAGUCCAAGCACCAGGGCGUGCGGCGGGCCAAGUGGCAUCUGGGCAUCCGUAGCCAGAGCAGACCCAACGACAUCAUGACCGAAGUGUGCCGCGCCAUGAAGCAGCUGGACUAUGAGUGGAAGGUUGUGAAUCCCUAUUAUUUACGUGUGAGAAGGAAAAACCCGGUGACUGGCUUGCAGACCAAGAUGAGCCUUCAACUCUACCAGGUGGACAGCCGAACCUACCUCCUUGACUUCCGCAGUAUAGACGACGACAUGUUAGAAACCAAAUCCGGCACGGCCACCCCUCUCCGCUCCGGUUCAGUGGGCAACUACCGCGCCACCGUCAAGAGCGACACGGACGGCGCAGACUCUCCCGCCGCCUCGUCCGCCGCCGCCCCGCAGUCCAAGACGGCCGCCGAAGGCUCGCUGGCGUCAUCGCUCACCUCGUCCAUCGACUCGACGGGCGGCGCCGACGUCCCCGCCGUGCCGCGCCCGGGCAGCCACACCAUCGAGUUCUUCGAGAUGUGCGCCAACCUCAUCAAACUGCUCGCACGAUAGCUCGCUACGCACACGCGCACACUUACGCACGCGUCGAUCGCUAUAGCCUUGUUUGCUCUCCGAGUCUCUUUAUAGCAAUAAGCAUGCAAUCCAUUCGCCGCUCGGCCCAGGACGGCAGCGCCACGCAGGGGAGGAGCCGGGCUAACGAGAGGGAGAGGAGAGCGUUUUUUUGGGGUUGUUGGUUGUUUUUGUGGGGGGGAUCAGUAUGUUAACACCUUGUGAAGUGAUUACACUGAAUUCGCUGUACUGUCAAGCCAGUCAGCUUCCAGUGCAAAAAAAAAACAAAAAAUCCAAGUUUUUGUUUGUUUUUUUUUCCUGUGCGGGAGAAGGAAGAAGAAGCACUUUUUGCACACCUUUCUUUUCAUUCCUGCUGCUCUACUUUGUUUAAUUUGUUUGUUUUGUCUUCUUCAAGUGACUGACCGGCACACUCAUCGGGCUGUCGGGAAGUGCAAUCACCCCCUCCACCCGCCUCCCCCUCGCCACCAUUUUUGUUUUGUUGUAAGCCCAGCUUUGUCCUUACAGUGUUCCCCCACAUAUUCACUAACUCAUCCUCUGUUAUUAAAUGCCCCGUCUAAUAUAAAAGUAUUGUUUUGCCGUUGUGAUCAUAUUUAGGCAGGCCAUAACCCUGUCUAAGUAGUCCUUUGACACCAUCUUGUUGCAUCUUUAGGCUGUUAUCAACAUUUUGAGGGCGGGCAUGUCAAUUAAUCGUGCAGUUCUUGGUGGCAGGGCUCUUGUCCCCAUCACCCUGCGAAUAUCGGGGGAACACUGUACUGCAUUUUUUUUAUUUUUUAUUUUUGUAAAGACGUGGUUCUUCAUCAACACUGUAUAAGGGUGGAUUUACAUGACAGGUCCAGGUGGCUAGCUCAUUAAGAUUUCAUACCGAUAAUGGAUUUCCACAUUGGUUUCAACUGACAUUACGAUGGCAUCCGCAUGCGACAAAUUACACAUACAUGGAAAUAAACAAUACAUAGGUUUUACAAAUAUAUUAUAUGUUACGUCUUGUUGAUUUGGCCUGGGUGGGCUCCCCCCCCCCCACCCACAUUGAUUUUAAAUGAUGGUAAACACCACCAUUAUUUUCCUUAUGAUGGACAUUUCAAGCAUAUUUAAUUGGCUACGUUAACUCGAGUUCUCUGUGACUCCUCCAGUCUCAAUGUAUCUGUGGCAACCUGCAGGUGCAACUAAAAGCUGAAAUUGAUCCCAAAAAAAGUGGGAAUUGUGUCACCUAAUCCAUGCAGUGUAAAUCCAACCCAAGAUAAAAUAGUUGUUUGUUUCCCAAGAUCUAUUGCUGGAUAUUGUUUUUUUUCUGCUUUUUUUCAAAUCUGUAUCACUUGUCAAUCAUACUCGAGCGUGGUUUCACAAAUGAACCAAUUCCCGUGCGUCAACUCAUGCUAACAAACACGUGGGGAUAUUAAUCGACUACAGAUGUGCCAAGAAAUUGUGUGCCUGCUUGAAGAUCAAUUUAAAAAAGAAAGACAGCUUGCAGUAUUUUGACUCUUGACAAUCUUAGAAUUGAAAUGAGAAUUUUCGGCCCCCGUCAGUUUGAAAAGGCUGCUUUUGUACUGUUUAGGAGCUGUUUAAUGCUGUUGACAGUCAGAAAUCCUGAGAUUUUUUUUUUAUUUUGUUUCCCCUUGUGUCAGCUAUUAAAAUGACAUUUCUUAUUCUUUGUUUUUUUUUUUAAUUGUGUAAAUCUUUUGGAAUUGUGUUGUGAUGAUUAAGAAUUGCUUCUUUUUUUUUUUUUGGUCUGUUUAGUUUAAAAGAAAAAUGCCUCAAGUAAGCAUUUCCCAUUCCUGUGUGUUUACUUCAUUACAAUUGAGAAUUAGUAGAGAAACUACAUGUUUCUAUACCAGACAAGCCUAUGAAUGUGUCACUUGUUAUGGAAAUCUUUUAUUGUCUGCUGUCGGGUUGCCUUAUUUGGCAGGGGCGGGGAAACUACAAGUACUCGAGAUAUGGCCCCCCAAAGCAUUUAACACACUCUGAAUUUAUAAUAAACAUAUUUUGGGUGAUAAUUUUUCAGAAAUUUACAAGGACUGAUAAUCGGGGGGGGGUUCCUCGCUUCUGCCUUAUAAUCAGUACAGUUCUAUUGUUUUCAAUUAUUGGUCCAUUUUAAUUCCCUGUAUUAAUUCACACAUGGGAAAAUAUUAAUAAAACCUUUUGUUAAAAAUGUUUUUUUUUGCCAAACUACUGCGGACCUCUGCUCCUUGAUGGCGGUUGGAGAUGAUUUUUCUUGUUUAAUACGUUGUGUUUUCAUGAAGUGAUAUCAGUGGUUGCUGAUGUUCACAGCUUUAAAAAAAAAAAAAAUUAAAUGUCUGAACAUAUGUUGAUUGUUACAUUUCAUUCCGACUGAACACCUUAAGUUGACCUUUUUUGUUGAAAUAAGAGUAUUGAAUAUAGUCAGAAUCAUGGAGUUUUGGGAAAGGUGUACUUUUGACUUACAACUUGGGGUGUGUUUUGAUUUUUGUAUGUAGAAAAAAGGAAUGUGUGGGGAAAAUGUGAGUGUUUGGAGUGGAAUUUGUCUGAACUGCUUUGUGUAAAGGGACCCUACCUAACGAGUGUGACCGUUGUAUCCGAAUGGAAACUGUUGGAAUCGUUUGUAUACACAACUGCCUAAAUAAACUGCUAAAUUGCA